AUGAAAGAUUGGCAAGGUCCUGCGAUCUGGAUUUAUAAUGAUGCAAUGUUUAAUGAACAUGAUUUCAAUGCUCUACUUAACAUUCAUGAAGGAGGCAAACGUUCUGAUCCUACAAAAAUCGGAAGAUUUGGAAUUGGAUUUAAUUCAUGUUUUCAUUUUACUGAUGUUCCUAGUUUCGUUAGUGGCAAAUAUAUACAAUUUUUAGAUCCACAUGAAAAAUUUCUUGGUAAACAACGUGGUCUUCAAAUUAAUUUCCUUGAAAAUGAUAAAUUCAGACACUUAUUUAAAGAUCAAUUGGCUCCGUAUAUUGGGGUGGAAGGUUGCAGAUUUGAUAAAGAAUUUAAAGGAACCUUAUUCAGAUUACCUCUUCGUAUUCGCCCAAGUGAAAUUUGUGAUGAAAUCUUUAACACAACUAAAAUUUUAAACUUUUUAGAAAAAUUAAAAUCUAGCGCAACUUCUGAGUUACUCUUUUUCCGUAAUAUUGAAUCUUUUGAAGUCAUGCAUAUAACUGCUGAUUCUUCUCCUAAUCAAGUUAUGUCAAAGUGGAAAGUUAAUUUAACCAAUAUUACUAGAGAUAUUCAAAUUCAAAGGCGUUAUACAGAUGACAAAUUUACUUCGUUUCGUUUAAAUGUAGAAUUUCGUGAUGGUACCAAAAAUGUUUCUAAUUUAUGGCAAGUGUGUAUUGGUGGUCAAAAAUCUAUAGCGGAUGAAGAAUUAAUUAAAUUUGCAGAACGUCAUCGAAUGUUGCCACGAGGUGGUGUUGCUGCUUUAUUACCCUUAAGUAACGAAUCUGAUAAAAAUAGAGAGGAUGGUCGGUUAUACUGUUACUUACCUUUACCUCAGAUAACAUACCUCCCAGUACAUCUUAACGGUAAUUGGGCUUUGUCAUCGGAUAGAUCUACUGUCCUUUUGAACAAUGAUUCGUUAGCAGAUAUGGACAAAUCUAAAUUGGCAUGGAAUCGAUAUUUGUUAUUAAAAAUCUUACCUAAUCUUUAUGUUAAACUUUUGGAAGAAAUUGUAGGGUUUGCAAAUAAUAAUAAUACCAUAACUCAUAAACAAAUCGUAGAAUAUUUUUGGCCUUUACCAAAAAGUAAAGAGAAAAAUUCUAUUUAUGUUACAGAAUUUGGACGAGAAGUUCUUAAAAAGCUUCCUAUUGACAAACCUCUAUUUUGGUCAGCUACUGGAGUUGGUUCUUAUGUCUCUUUACGGGAAGGAUUUUUUGAAAAUGAUAAAUUUAUCAUUGAAAUUCUUGCAGAGUAUAGUAAAGUGAAAAGCGUGCAGUUACCACUUGAUAUGUUAAAUGAAUUGAAAUUAGCAGGUGUUGAAUUAGCCCCAGUUCCUGCAGGAAUGGUUAGACAAAAUCUCAAGGGCAUUAACAAUCUUUCAAGUAAAUAUAAAUACCAUCAGUUAAUCAAAUUAUUGGUAUUUAUUUUAGAAGAUGAAAAUUAUGAGGAUUUAGACGAUAUUUAUUUGAUUCCAUUAUAUGAUAAUCAAUGGGGUAAAUUUGAUAAACUAUCUGAACAAAAAUAUUAUUUAGCAACUCGUGAACAACAAAAUUUGGUACCACACGUAAAUUUAUCUAAUUUUGUUUAUGACAAAUACUGUGAACACCCAAAGUUAAAAGCUAUUUUUGAACAUGAGAAAUUUCAUGAUCAAACGAAUGUAAGAAAAUUUAACGCCACAUCACUUGCGUCCCUUUUAGCAUUUGAACUUCAACCGGAACAAAAAAUUACAAAUUGGGAUCCAGAUUCAGCAAUAAUUCCAAAUAAAAAAUGGUUAGAUGAAAUUUGGAAAAUUAUUUUGGAAUCAAAUACAAGCUUAGAAUUAUUUUCUCGUUAUCCACUUUUAGAGGUUAUACGUCCAUCAAGAGAAUUAAUACUUUUAGAUUUAAAACGUCCAUUACUUGAAUUACCACAAAGUGAUAUGUCACAUUUUGAGAAAUUGGUUAUCAUUCUUCAAAAUUUGGGAAUUAAAUUUACUGAUCGUUCUUGGGAUGCAAAGUUAGGCGAUUACAUUCUUAGAUGGACUCCAGAAACGGUUUUGAAAUCAUUUGGUGAUUUAUUAAAAAAAAAUAUGAGACCGUUUACAAAAUUGGCAAAGGAUGAAGUUAAAGCUAUAAGACACUUUAUCAUUGAAAAUUGGAACGAUUUUUCCACAAGUAAUGGGACUAAAGUUAAAUCCGAAUUUCGUGAAGUUUUAUGUAAAUUACCAGUUUGGCCCACAGCUGCAAAGGGUGAAAAAUUCAAAAGUCCAAAUGACGGAUUACUCCCUCCGAAAAAAAUUGAAAUACUAUCACCCAAAUCAAAAUGUUAUUCGGAUAAACUGUUUCUUAAUGUAAAAAAUGAUGAUUAUCAAAAAAUUUUGGAAGCAUUAAAUGUACAUUACGUAGAUCUUGUCAAUUAUUUAAAAAAUCAUUACACAUUUCCAAGAGAAUACGAUGAUAAUUAUUUUAAUUUCAUUAAAAGUGUUUUAACUUCAAGUAAUUUUCAUGAAAUCCAAAGUUGGAUCGAAAGCAAACCUGUAAUUCCAAAUAGAUCAAACAAGAAACUUAAAACAGCCAGGGAUCUUUAUGAUCAUAAAACUUAUAUAUUUCGAAUAGCUUUUGAAGGAACUGAUCGUUUCCUUCAUGAUGAAUUUCAAAACAACACAACUUAUUUAAACAUUAUGAAAAGAAUGGGUUUUAAAUACCAAGUAACUAGGCAAACGUUUCUUGAAUGUGCAAGAGCUAUUCAAAAUCAAUCUCAAGAACAAAGAUAUCAUUCUGAUGAUUUGAUUUAUCGUGCCACAACUGUAGUUCAUUAUUUAUAUGAUAAUAUAGAUGAUUUGAAUUAUUCUGAUGCUGAAUACGAGGAAUUAGCACCUUUUACGCAAGUGGCAUUGUUUCACAGCGCUGUAAUUCCUAAACCUACAUCACCGAUAUUAACCAAAUACAAAAAAUUUGGAAUGCCAAGUGCUAUUCAAAUUCUAGAACAUUUACGUGAAGUAGCCUUCAAAUUAUCAAAAUCUAAUCAAUGGAAAUAUGAAGAAUUCCUUUUUAAAAAGAUGCUUGAUGAAAUGUAUAACGCACUUAAUGAAGAAUGUGAAGAUGAAGAUUCUGAACUUGCUAAAUCUUUUAUAAAUGGCGAAAGAAUUUUUCUAAAUAUAUAUCCAAAUGAAAAUGCCUUUGACGAGUCGAAUUGGAAGGCGGCAAAUGAUCUAAUUGUUGGUGUCAGUUUAUCUGAAGAAGGAUUUGUAAAACCUAGUUUGGCGAAAUAUAAAAAAUUGUUGGAAAUCGCAGGAUCUGGUACUUUAAGAUCUGGUGAAGAUUUGGAUGAUGAUUCAGAUCAAGAUGAUCAAGCUGAAAAGGUGAAUCCACAAGGAGAAAUACUUUUGAAUUCACUUCAACAAUCGUUAAAAAAUGGAUUAUCUGAACCUCUCAACGAUGUGAUAUUUACUGUAAAAGAUCAAAAAAUUGCUGCAAAUAGACUUGUACUCGCAUGCGCAGCUGAUCACUUUAAGCACUCGUUCUCGAGCAAGUAUAGAGAUGAAGAUUGGUCUCAAGAACAAGAAAAUGAAAGGCAGUACAAGAUUUUGAUGGACCUUUUAGAAGCAUCUGAUUAUUAUAAUCUAAUGAAUUUGAAAAAUGAAACAGAAAAGAAACUUUUUGAAUACGUGAAGCUUUGUAAUGUUGAUGAAGUUCUUGAUCAUGCAAGCAAUUAUAAUGCUGACUCACUAAUCAAAUAUUGUAACAAAUUUAUUGAAAAUAAUCAAUCAUUUUUAUAA